GCAAUUCUCCAAGGGGUGUGAAGUUUCCUUAUCAUGCUAACAAGUAGCUGCUUUGAAUCGAUACUGUGAGUAUCCAAUAUUUCUUUGGCAAGGAGCUGCACAAGUGGAAUAACUUAACUCUAUGCUGUAUAAUUAUUCUACUGCUUAGCGUGUUUCACUCGUCAUCAACACAGAGCGUUUCAGCUAAUGAUGAGUGACCCGGCUGUCUGGACAUGGCAUUACGGUUAUUGGCGCUAAUGCUAACGCGGCUAGCUACUUCGCCCAUUUGGCUAAACUGCUGAGCUACUUGCGGCCGUUGAAUCGGCUAAUGUUAGCGAGCAACAAGCUAAGCCCAGCAUCUCUAUUUUAGGAGGAUAACCGCGCGUUAUCAAAACCGAUUCACGCCAAACUGCACUUGACUUGAACGCUCAUUGUCUACUUGGUCUCCAGUUUGGGUAAUUGUAGCCGCUUCGAGCUACUUCAUUUCACGCGCUAGCUUUCAGUGGAACAGUUGUAGUCAGUAGUCACGCUCCUGCAACUAUCAGUUCCAGUGAGUGGUCAUUGUGCUGCGUUUAGCCAUUGCAUGCUAAUCAUCCAUCUGGAAAGUUGGUGAGCACGCGGAACAUUACGAAUAGCGUUAACUCGGACCAUCCGUGGAUGUCCUGAUAAUUGCGUUGUGAGGACAUAUCGUGACAACGUUAUUUGAUUUGACGGCGUUAAGUUUUCUGCACGGUAGAGUUGUUCAGAAGACGGGCCUCGUUGAUUGCGGUCGGUUCCCUCUGAAAUAUUUUUUUAUUUCGCGCCGUGCGAAGUUGACGGUUUCCUGGAGCAAACAUGUAACGGCUCAGACUUGGCCUUUUGGAUCGCAAAAAGAAUCGCGUAUUAACUUGGCACGAUGCACAAUUCUGGAGUCCCGUCACAAGAAAAGAUGGAGCUAGACCUGGACAGCCCAUCUUCCUUAGGUCAGAACGAGGGGCAGCUGAGGAGAUCCAACAGUGCACCCAUGAUUAAUGGCCUAAGUGAUAACUCCCAAGUGUUCCAGAGAGAGGUCUUGCGAUGCCGCAGAAAUAGCACAACAGUUGUCAACAGGCCCAAUAUGGUGCCGUCGUCGCCCAUCCGUGUUCCCAGCACCAGACUUCAUCAGAUCAAACAAGAAGAAGGCGUCGAUCUGAUGAACAGAGAAACUGCACAUGAGCGGGAAGUUCAAGCUGCUAUGCAAAUAAGUCAGUCCUGGGAAGAAAGUCUUAGCCUGAGCGACAAUGAUUUGGAAAAGUCUGCGUCGUCAUCUCCUAAGCGCAUUGACUUUGUGCCCGUGUCACCGGCACCGUCACCAACCAGAGGCAUAGGAAAAAAGCAGUGCUUUUCUCCUUCCCUUCAAAUCCUUGUGAGCAGCAAUGGCCUCACUCCCAGUCCUAUACCAAGUCCAACAAGGCGUUUUGGCCGACGUAGCCAGAGCCCUAUCAACUGCAUCAGAGCCAGCAUACUUGGGCCGAUAAAACGCAAAGGAGAGAUGGAGACAGAGAGUCAGCCGAAAAGGCUCUUUCAAGGCACCACCACUAUGUUGUCGGCUGAAGUCUCCAAUUUGACAGAUCUCGGCUCCUGCCACUCGCCAGAUGGUUUGUUGGACGGCAGCCUCAGCAGCGUCUGCUCCUCCACUGACUCCCCAAGCAAAAUGGAGGGAGUGUCACCGUCGUCGUCCAGCAACUCUCCCUUUGCUUCCCUCCAGGAUUUGUCUCCCAAGUGAGAGCAUGAUGUCUGAGGAACAUCCCAAAACCAGUCUUCUCUGGCCAGGGAACUAUUUUCCCCAAAGACCCUUCACCUCAGCAAUCCCCAGAGGAUUGUGUGCUUUUUAGUGUCCGGAUACGUCUGAAGACGAGUUGAAAGCCAUGUUGUCGUUCGUGUGAAAGGUUUGAGGAUGCUGAGCAUAAGCUGCUAGUCUUUGGGAUGGAUGGUGCUCAGCUUCACUGGCAUUAGUUAUACAAUUACAGUAGCUAGCAUUCAUAUGUUUUCCCUUAGCGAUGAGACACAAAGCACUGGACAAAACAAAACAAAGAUUUGGAUUUGUGUAUUUCCGCCGUUGUGCUGGACCUCAUUUUGUCCAACAGGCCUUUGUACGUAAAGACUUCAGAUCAGAUUUGUAAAAAAAAAAAAAAAAAAUUAACUUAUUGUCUUUCCGUAUUGUUUGCUAUUCUGUACAUAUAAUAAUCUUAUGAAUAGCUUGUAUAGUUUAAAGUUCAUAUGAUGAGGUUAAUUGUGACGCCAUGCAUCUGCGAAAGGAAUAGAAGGUAACUGUUACUGUUAUACUGUAAACAAGUGUUCCCUUGGUUCAAAGGUGUAAACUGGUGUUUUUGUUUUUUCUUUUCCGCCAAGUGGCUUGAUGCCUGUCACAUGGCACGUUACCAGGAGGAGCAAUGAAUAACCUGGUCUUUGUAGUGUUCAACACUAAAGGCCUCUCUAGUUGUACAGAUUUGCUUUUUCUUAAAAAAAAAAGUUAUUUAUAGUAAAGGAAAAACUAUAUAAAUAUUCAAUAGGAUGGUGAUAGUCUUCUAUCUCAAGUAAAAUUGAACAUUUGUGUUAUUUUAUUUGUGAGUGCUAUCCAAUGCAGUUAACAUCCAAAUGGCACCAGUGCUUUGUUUUAUGAGGCUGCUGUUCCUGCUGUGGUUCAUGUUGCACAGGGUAUCUUGUUUUGUUCUCGCCCUGUGUUGAAGUCUUAAGUGAGGGUGAAGUUUGACUGGACCUCCCGUCAUUGGAAAAAUCUUAACAGUACGUUAACACUGCUGUGACUUUUGCACCUAGAUUUGUGAUUAAAAGUUCCUCCUGCCCCGCCUUUAUUUACAAACAAGGAUAUGAUUGUAAUCAUUCUAAAGGAGUUGUGCCCUUUUUGUUUGCAGUUACACAAUUGAAUGUCAUUUUACUUUAUCCAAAAUUACAACAUGAAAAAAUGUUUGCCUGUUUUGUCAAUGCAUGAGGUUUUCUUAGACACAAAUUUAGUGACGUCAAACUGACCUUAGCUUUUUGUUUGCGUUCGUAUCAAAGACUAAAUACAUUAUUAAUGUCUGUUGUG